AUCCGCUGGUGCGCACAGUUUUGCUUCUGCGCUGAGGCUCAUCACAUCUCCUCUAGCAUCACUCAGAUCUUUGUUGCACUGCGCUGGAACGGCGUGAGGUACAGAGAAUCAACACAACCUUGAGUGCGCUUCGAGUGAAGAGACGCCCACUGUUAGAGUGGCCUUUAUAGUGCAUUUGGAGAAAAAAACCCUGAUUAUUCGCCACACGCGGGGGAAAAAAAAGAAUCGUUGAAAAUGAUAACCACCCCGUAUGGCUAUAUUUUCAUACUUGGAUUUAUGUUAUCGUACAACUGCUAGCAACAACUCCUCUCUUUUCCAGUUUGUCGUUCAGAAGAAGGAGACAACAGAAUGAGAUGGACAGUUUUGCUUUUAGAGUACUUGUUGGUCAAAGUUAUGGUGCUGGUGUGCAAAGCGGACGGUGAACCCGAACAGCAGCUCGAGGGCUUUUUUAUGCUGUCGGGAACUAACGGGUCCAGGGAGAACGGCGUUUCCGAAAGUCCGCACACACAGGACGAAUGUCGGGGAUACUACGACGUAAUGGGCCAGUGGGAUCCACCGUUUGUUUGCCAAACAGGCAAUUAUUUGUACUGUUGCGGCACCUGUGGCUUCCGAUUUUGCUGUGCUUAUAAAAACUCUCGUUUGGAUCAAAGCACGUGUAAGAAUUACGAUACCCCUGUAUGGUUAAAAGGUCAAACGCCGUAUAAGAAAACUGACCCAAGACACGACCCAACAAGGGAUAAAACUAAUUUAAUCGUGUAUGUAAUUUGCGGAGUCGUGGCUAUCAUGGCACUAGUUGGGAUAUUUACAAAACUUGGACUAGAAAAAGCUCAACGACCCCACAGAGAAAACAUGUCUCGAGCUGUAGCAAGCGUGAUGCAGGGCGCGUGCCAAGCUGAACACGAAGAAGCCAUCGGAAUGCAUGCACAGCACUAUGACAACGUGCAAGCGAGGGCGAACACUAUGCAGGUGCCCCAGAUUCACAGCGUGGGCCAGGCACGGCCCUACCCUGCCCUGAGUCAGCUGGCCCACGUCUACGAGCAGCAGCAACAGACCAGCAAAGAACUCAACAAAUACGCCACGCUGAAGGCUGUGGCGGCGAAGGCCAAUGGUGACUUCUACAAUAAGCAGCACCACCACUUGACUGAGAUGGCAGCUAAAGGCAGCCUGCCGCUCCACACGAUGCGGGUGGAGCACGUGGAGCCGACUGCCUCCUACGUCACCGAGCUCCCCUGCCCCAAGCAGAAUGGACAGAAACCCAAGGCCGUCAAGAGCCACGUGCCGCACCACGUGGCCUACAGCUCCAACACCAUCGCCACCACGGGCAUGCUGAGGGGCUGGGAUGCCACGGAGACGCUGGGCCGCCGCAAGAGCUACGGGCCGAAGAAACCGUGCGCCGUGGGCCAGAUGAACCAGCUCAACCCUGCUCGUAGCCACCACUACCUGCCCACGCAGCCCUACUUCGUGACCAACAGCAAGACGGAAGUGACCGUGUGAGGUUUACGGUCACGCCUUCGCAGGGCUCGUCAGCCUCCGGUCGGAGCAGGAGAGAGGCGGGGAACGAUCACUAUCCU